AUGGCCCCUCAAAGCUUACCCCUCCAGGCAAAGGAGGGAGUUCACGAUUAUGAGAACCCCUCCGUCUUCCGACGUAACACUCUGCCUGCACGAUCAUACUUCAUUCCUGAGACGUCGCUGCUGCUCAAUGGCGUUUGGGACUUCCACAUGGCCGGCACUCCUGAGGAGGCGCCUUUGCCGGAAGAUAAGGGCGACGAAUGGGGCACCAUCAACGUUCCUGGUCACUGGCAGCUUCAGGGACACGGAUACCCGUGGUACACCAACACUCAGUUCCCCAUUCCCGUGAGUCCGCCGUACGUUCCCAGCGAAAACCCUACGGGUACCUACAAACGCACAUUCUACGUCCCCUCGACGUGGGACGAGAUGUCGCAAUUGCGCCUGAGGUUCGACGGCGUCGACUCCGCCUACCACAUCUGGGUCAAUGGCGUGCUUAUUGGCUUCGCACAAGGAUCGCGAAACGCCUCCGAGUUUGACGUAACAAGCAUCUUAAAGAAGGACGGUCCAAAUGAGCUCUUUGUCAGAGUUUACCAGUGGUCUGACGCAACCUACAUUGAAGACCAGGACCAAUGGUGGCUCUCUGGUGAGUAUCUUCCGCGACGUCACGCUCCUUGCUGUCCCGAGGCCACCAGAAUCGAGGACUGGUUCCUCCGCACCGAUCUGGACGACAAGUACGAAGACGCAACCCUCCUCGCGACUGUCGACGUCAAGACUGCCGAAAAAGGCACUGUCAAGCUUACUCUCAGUGAGCUGGGCAAGAACGGCGGCGCCGUCAUCGCUACCAAGGAGGCGGAGGUUAGCGCCAGUGACACAAAGGUCGACCUCAGUAUCCCCGUAACAAACCCCAAUAAAUGGACCGCCGAGACCCCCUACCUCUAUCGUGUUGACAUCACCCUCGGCUCCCACUCUGUUUACCAGAAUAUCGGCUUCCGCAAAGUCGAGCUCAAGAACGGCCUCAUCUCCGUCAACGGUGUGCCUAUCCGCAUCAGAGGUGUGAACAGACAUGAGCACCACGCUCACUUCGGCCGUGCCGUCCCUCUCGAGUAUGCCAAGCGUGACCUCCUCAUCAUGAAGAACCACAACAUCAACUCUCUGCGAUGCUCACACUACCCUCCCCACCCCCGUGUUUUCGAGCUCGCCGACGAGCUCGGUUUGUGGGUCAUGGAUGAGGCCGACCUUGAGUGCCACGGCUUCUACGACGCCAUCGCCCGGCCGCAAGAUGUCGACGAGGCGGCGGAUUACGAAGAGCGUAAGGCCGUGACCUUCCCUUUAGCCGGCAAAUACACCAGCGAGAACCCCGAGUGGCGCGAAGCCUACCUUGACCGUAUGGUUCAGCUGGUUCAGCGUGACAAGAACCACACGAGUAUCAUCAUGUGGUCGCUCGGUAACGAGGCUUUCUACGGGGAGAACCACAAGGCCAUGUACGAAUAUGCCAGGAAGUUCGACUCUGGCCGCCCAAUUCACUACGAGGGCGACGUCAAGGCCGAGACUGCGGACAUGUACUCUUACAUGUACCCUCCUAUUGACCGCUUGAGCAAGCUGGUAGAGACAGAGGGUGUCAAGGAGGACGGCAGCUUCGACAAACCCGUUAUUCUCUGCGAGUACGGUCACGCCAUGGGUAACGGCCCGGGUGGUCUCGACGACUACAUCGAAGUCUUUGAGAAGUACCCCCGUCUUCAGGGCGGUUACAUCUGGGAGUGGGCAAACCACGGCAUCUGGAAGGAAGAAGCCGAUGGCAAGGGCUACUACGCUUAUGGUGGAGACUUUGGCGAGCGUCCUCAUGAUGGCACCUUUGUCAUGGAUGGUCUCCUUCACAGCACCCAUGACCCUACACCUGGCUUGAUCGAGCUCAAGAAGGCCUAUCAGCCUCUCCAGCUGUCCGUCGAGGGCAAUCAGCUGGUGAUCAAGAACAAGUAUGACUUUGUCGGUGUCGACCACCUAACUUCCACCUACAAGGUUGAGGAGCUGGGCGAGAACUCCGCUCUUCUUGCCGCCGGUAACCUCGAGAUCCCGAAGAUCGCCGCCGGCGAAACAGUCAAGGUCGACCUUCCCUCAAGCCUCACAAACAUCAAGUCGGACAAGGAGGUCUACAUCACCGUGACCUUCGGCCUCAAGGACUCUACCAACUGGGCCGAGCCUGCUCACGAGAUUGCGUGGAUCCAGCACAAGCUCUCUGGUUCGGCCGCUGCUCCCAAGCUGACCAAUAGCACCCUUACCUCUAAGCUGCAGGUAGAGAAGUCCCGCGCCAAGGCCACCAUUUCCGGCUCCGAUUUCGCUGUCACUUUCGACACUGCCCGUGGUUACAUUACCUCCUGGAUUGCUGCCGGCGUUCCUCUUCUUGAGAAGGAUGUCUCCACUGGCGCUGCCAUUGUCCCCAACUUCUGGCGUGCCCCUACUGACAAUGACAACCCUAACGAUGCGCCGUACUGGAUUCGCUUCGGUGUUGAUGCCUUCGACAGCCAGCUCCGAUCGCUCAAGAUCAACGAGUUGGCCGACAAGGUUGAGGUCAUUACCAACACCUACUUGUCUCCUCGUGUUCUCGACUGGGGAUGGGAAACCACCACCACGUACACCAUUGAUGCCACUGGUCGGCUCACGAUCGCCGUUGAUCUGAAGCCUCGUGGCAUCAAGCCCACACACAUCCCCCGUGUGGGCUUGAACCUGCGUCUUCCCAAGUCGCUUAACAACGUCAAGUACCUCGCCCUCGGCCCCGGCGAGUCCUACCCGGAUAAGAAGUCCAGCCAGCACCUUGGCGUCUUUAGCGCCACUGUGCCGGAGCUGCACCAGCACUAUGAAGUUCCCCAAGAGGGCGGCAACCACUUGGAAACCCGCUACGUCAAGCUUACCGAGGACCACGGCCGUGGUCUUCGUGCCACGCCGGCGGAUGCUGCUGUCUGGUCUGAGGAAGAGUGGCGUCAGUUCAGCUUCCAGGUCAGUCGGUACACUUCUGAUACGGUGCACAAGGCCGCGCACCCGUGUGACCUCGUUGAGGAGGAUGCGACACUACUCCGUCUAGAUGCUCGUGUUGCCGGUGUUGGCACAGCCGCUUGCGGUCCCAACGUCCGUGAGGACCUGAAGGUGCAUGUCGGAGAGUUCAAGUUUGGGUUUGUGCUUGAGAGAGUUGGGUUUUAA